UUGUUUUGGAGUAAAGCAUGUCGAACGCACAUUUAUUUCUUAAAUCAGGGUUCCCAAGAGCACCACUGCAGAAUGGAAUUGGGCGGUACGUGUGCCAGUUGCAGCGAAUUACGCUCAAAUACUGCAAAAGCAGCGGAUCCAGCAAGGGCAUGCGGGAAUUUCUCGAACACGAGUUGGUGGAUUUCAGCCGGUCGAAUCCGGGUGUUGCGGUUUACAUCAAGCCGCGUCGCCAUCGCACAGCUGUAAUUUCAGCGGAGUUUUUGAAUGGCGAGCGAACUUGGAUCAAUUGUCGCAACCACAGCCGUGAUGAGAUAUCAAAAUGGGUUCACGUAAUGAAGCAAUCGAACGGACAAGCGGAAGAAAUGCGUUUACGUAAACAGUGGCACACGGACAUUCCUAGUGUGCAAGGCCCGUGGACGCCGUUCACGCAUCGUCAUCAUUCAGCCAAUACGACCGAGUUUCCUUGCAAAGAACUGUCCAAGCUUAAAAUCACCGAACCCAGCGCUACUGAAAAACUGUUGGAAUUGUACCAAGCGCAACGAGAAAAGGUGUCUAAAAGUGGAUAAUCAGCACCGGAUGUCGUCAAUGUUUCUGUAUGCUUUUUAGUUAGUUAUGGUAGAAUAAAA